UAAUGGCGUGGCCGUGGCGGGGGGCUGCCGCUCUCUGCCCGAGUUCAGCACCGGGGAACCACCUGUGAACACCCGUUCGGAGCCGACCGGCUUUUCGCAAAGUGACUUUUACCCCCUGCACCGAUGCCGGACGGAGUAAAUCUCCGUUAAGAGUGGAAACAGCGUGAAACUGCUGGACCUGUCGCUAGAAGAACGAGCGCUUUGCCAUGUCGUUACUGUGUGUCCGAGUGAAAAAAGCCAAGCUCCAAGGACCACCAGACAAGUUCAACGCCUACGUGACGCUGAAGGUGCAGAAUGUCAAGAGCACAACCAUCACAGUGCGGGGCGACCAGCCCUGCUGGGAACAGGACUUCAUGUUCGAGAUCAACCGGCUGGACCUCGGCCUCAUCAUCGAGGUGUGGAACAAAGGCCUCAUCUGGGACACCAUGGUGGGGACGGCUUGGAUUCCUCUGAACAGCAUCCAGCAAUCAGAGGAGGAGGGCUCUGGCGACUGGAUCUUUCUGGACGCGGAGGUCCUGAUGAAGGCGGACGAGAUAUAUGGCACCAAGAACCCGACGCCCCACCGCGUCCUGCUGGACACGCGCUUCGAGCUGCCUUUUGACAUCCCAGAUGACGAGGCGCAGUACUGGACGGGCAAGCUGGAACGCAUCAAUACCAUGAGAAUCCACGAUGAGUACCCUCUUCAGGAUGGCGUUCAGAGUCCCCCGCUGCCGUUCGCGGCCUCCCAGUGCUCUCUGGAUGACCAGGACAGUGCCGUGGACGACCGGGAUAGCGACUACCGCAGCGAGACGAGUAACAGUCUGCCUCCGCGGUACCACACAACGGCUCAGCCCAACUCCUCCGUGCACCAGUAUCCCAUGGGGCCUCGGCAGCAGCAGCAGCAGCACCCGGACUCCUGCACAGACUCGGUCCACAGCUUUGACCUGGACUACAGGGACCAAAGGGGAACCAGUCCAGUGGAAAGUAGUCGCUUUGGGUCAUCAGGAAACCUGAGCCAGACCAGCUCCCAGCUUAGUGAGACUGGCCAGGAGAGCACUGGAGGGUCUGAACUAGAGGAGUCCUUCCACGCCUACCACAGUACCAGCUUCCAUCCCUCCACCAAUGGGCAACCACGCACCAAUGGACAUCCUCCCACCGAUGGUCACUCUGCUGUCGCUGCCCAUCAGAAACAUGGGCCAACUCCUGAAGUCGGACGAGGCCUGGGAAAGGACAUUCCAGCAGAGCGAGGCUCCUCUAAACUGCUACGGUUCCAUGAUGAUGGGCCGCCUUUACCAUUUUCGCCAUCAAGAGUUCGGUGGUUGAAGGCCAUCAAUAAAGUCAGGGUUCAGCUCCGGGAGGUCCAAGAUGAAGAACAACCCAAUGCCAGACAAGCAUGGAUCAAACCAGGUGGCGGAUCUGGUCUGUAUGGGAUUGACAGUAUGCCAGACCUGCGUAAAAAGAAGCCCAUCCCCUUGGUCAGCGAUGUGUCUCUUGUCCAAGCCAGGAAGGCGGGGAUCGCAUCUUCCAUGGCCGCACGGUCCUCAAUCAAGGAUGGGGAGCUGAAAAACCAUGUCUACAAGAAGACCCUGCAGGCUCUCAUCUACCCCAUAUCCUGCACUACACCACACAACUUCGAGGUGUGGACCGCCACGACGCCUACAUACUGCUACGAGUGUGAGGGGCUGCUGUGGGGAAUAGCCCGCCAAGGCAUGCGUUGCUCCGAGUGCGGGGUCAAGUGCCACGAGAAGUGCCAAGAGCUGCUGAACGCCGACUGCCUCCAGCGUGCUGCGGAGAAGAGCUCAAAGCACGGUGCUGAAGACCGAACUCAGAAUAUCAUCAUGGCCAUGAAGGAUAGGAUGAAGAUCAGGGAAAGAAACAAGCCAGAAAUCUUUGAACUCAUCAGGGAGGUGUUCAUCAUCAGCAAGGCCAUCCACGUGCAGCAGAUGAAGACCAUCAAGCAGAGCGUUCUAGACGGCACUUCAAAGUGGUCCGCCAAGAUCACCAUCACAGUUGUUUGCGCCCAAGGACUUCAGGCAAAGGACAAGACAGGAUCCAGCGAUCCGUACGUCACCGUUCAGGUGGGCAAGACCAAGAAGAGAACCAAGACCAUUUAUGGCAACCUCAACCCUGUCUGGGAGGAGAAGUACCACUUCGAGUGCCACAAUUCCUCGGAUCGCAUUAAAGUGCGCGUGUGGGACGAAGACGAUGACAUCAAGUCGAGGGUGAAGCAACGUCUGAAGAGGGAGUCCGAUGAUUUCCUCGGCCAGAGCAUAAUUGAAGUGCGAACGCUGAGCGGAGAAAUGGACGUCUGGUACAACCUGGAGAAGAGGACGGACAAGUCGGCCGUUUCGGGGGCCAUUCGCCUGCAAAUCAACGUGGAGAUUAAGGGCGAGGAGAAAGUGGCACCGUAUCACGUGCAGUACACCUGCUUGCACGAGAACCUGUUCCACCACUCGACCGACAUGCUCGGCCAAGGCGCGGUGAAAAUCCCGGAGGCCCGCGGGGACGACGCCUGGAGGGUCUACUAUGACGACGUGGCCCAGGAAGUAGUGGACGAGUUCGCCAUGCGCUACGGGAUCGAGUCCAUCUACCAGGCCAUGACGCACUUUGCCUGUCUGUCGUCGAAGUACAUGUGUCCCGGGGUUCCCGCCGUGAUGAGCACCCUGCUGGCCAACAUCAACGCCUUCUACGCUCACACGACUGCCUCCACCAAUGUGUCCGCCUCCGACCGAUUCGCUGCUUCCAAUUUUGGGAAAGAACGCUUUGUCAAGCUCUUAGACCAGCUACACAACUCCCUGCGCAUCGACCUCUCAACCUACAGGAACCACUUCCCUGCCAGCAGCAAGGAUCGCCUGCAGGAUUUGAAAUCCACCGUGGACCUUCUAACCAGCAUCACCUUCUUCAGGAUGAAGGUCCAGGAGUUGCAGUCUCCGCCGAGAGCCAGCCAGGUGGUGAGGGACUGCGUCAAGGCCUGCCUCAACUCGACCUAUGACUACAUCUUCAACAACUGCCACGAGCUGUACAGCAGGCAAUACCAACCCGCCGACGCGAACAAGGAGGAGCUCCCUUUGGAGGAGCAGGGUCCGAGCAUCAAGAACUUGGACUUCUGGCCCAAACUCAUAAUGCUCAUCGUCUCCAUCAUCGAAGAGGACAGGAACUCCUACACGUCUGUGCUCAACCAGUUUCCCCAAGAGCUGAACGUGGGGAAGGUGUCAGCGGAGGUCAUGUGGACAUUGUUCGCUCAAGACAUGAAGUAUGCUAUGGAAGAGCACGAGAAGCAACGACUGUGUAAGAGCACCGACUACAUGAACCUGCACUUCAAAGUCAAGUGGCUCAACAACGAAUAUGUCAAGGAGCUGCCAAACUUUAAGGGCGUCGUUCCCGACUACCCGUCAUGGUUCUUACAGUUUGUGCUACAGUGGUUGGAGGAGAAUGAAGAUGUAUCUAUGGAGUUCAUGCAUGGAGCCCUCGAGAGAGACAAAAAAGAUGGAUUCCAGCAGACCUCUGAGCAUGCUCUGUUCUCCUGCUCUGUGGUGGACAUCUUCACCCAGCUCAACCAGAGCUUUGAGAUCAUCAAGAAACUGGAAUGUCCCGACCCUAACGUCAUGGCUCAGUACAGUCGCCGUUUCUCCAAGACUAUUACCAAAGUUCUUCUGCAGUACAGUGCCAUACUAACCAAGAGUUUUCCUACUUAUGUUGAUAAGGAGAAGAUUCCAUGUGUCCUGUUGAAUAAUGUGCAGCAGUUAAGAAUCCAGCUGGAGAAGAUGUUUGAGUCGAUGGGUGCCAAACAGAUGGACACCGAGGCCAGUGACUUGCUGAACAACCUGCAGGUGAAGCUGAACAACGUGCUGGAUGAGCUCAGCAGCACGUUCGGAACCAGUUUCCAGAGUCGCAUCAACGAAUGCAUGCGACAGAUGGCGUCGCUGCUGUACCAGAUCAAAGGGCCGCUCAACGACAACAACAAGAACCAGGUGGACGCCGACUCUGACAACAUGCUGCGGCCGCUCAUGGACUUCCUGGAUGGAAAGCUCACACUGUUUGCCACCGCGUGUGAGAAGACUGUGUUGAAGCGCGUGCUCAAGGAGCUGUGGAGGAUCGUAAUGAGCAGCCUGGAGAAGACCAUCGUCCUGCCACAGGGCAACGAUACCUUUGGAGCACAGAUUCUCUCGGCUGCGAAAGAAUUGGGCCAGCUCUCCAAACUCAAGGAUCACAUGGCAGGGGAGGCUAAAAGCCUGUCUCCCAGGCAGUGUGCUGUCAUGGACGUGGCACUGGACACUAUCAAGCAAUACUUCCAUGCGGGAGGCAACGGGCUAAAGAAGGCGUUCCUGGAGAAGAGCCCCGAGCUCUCCUCGCUCCGCCACGCCCUGUCCCUCUACACCCAGACCACAGACACGCUCAUCCAGACCUUUGUGACCACCCAGCAUGCACAAGUGCACAAUGGGAAGGGCAUACGGUUAACCCCCAGUGAAAAAGUACAGCCCAGCAAGGGUUCAGGCGUGGACAAGCCAAUAGGAGACGUGUCCGUCCAGAUCGAGCUGCACACUCAUCCCGGGAGCGGGGAGCGCAAGGUGACCAUCAAAGUGGUGGGCGCCUGCGAUUUAAAGUGGCAGACCUCAGGCAUGUUCCGGCCCUUCGUGGAGGUCACCAUGAUCGGGCCUCACCUCAGCGACAAGAAACGCAAAUUCCAGACCAAGUCCAAGAACAACAGCUGGUCUCCCAAGUACAACGAGACCUUCCACUUCGCCCUGGGUAAUCAGGAUGGCUUCGAGUGCUACGAGCUGCAGGUCUGCGUGAAGGACUACUGCUUUGGCCGCGUGGACCGGGUGGUGGGCGUGGCCGUGAUGCAGCUGAGGGACAUCACGGGGAGGGGCAACUGCGCGUGCUGGUGCCCGCUGGGCCAGCGCAUCCACAUGGACGACACAGGCCUCACGGCCAUGCGCAUCCUCUCGCAGCGCUCCAACGACGACGUGGCCAAGGAGUUCGUGAGGCUGAAGUCGGAGACGCGCUCAGCCGAGGAGGGCAGAUGAGGGGAACUGGAAGGGGGGGGGUUUAAAGACUAAAGACAGGGGGGACGGGACGGGAGGCCUCCUGGUUUCACGUCUAGAGACUCUUUUCAGCUGCUGCUGACUGUUGUCACCUUCAUGCCCGGGGGGACUUUUGGACAAACACUCCAUGUCCCCCAAAACACUCAAUGUAUUAACGGGGCUGUCACACACACGCACACACACACACACACACACACACACCUGCUCACUCGAGCUUCACACUCUUACUCUUGUCAUUCAAGUUGGCAGGGCCAAACAAAGUUCCCACGCCUCACAGGUGUUGUUGUGCAAUAACCCCCCACCCUCUCACCUGAACCCCCUCACACCCUGGCCGUGUUUUUUUAAUUAAUUUUGUUAUGCCUUACACUCUGCAAACUGUGAAUGUGUGAAGUAAAGAAAAAGUGCUCGGCCUCUUCUAAAAGCCGCACGGCUUCGUCUCAUAGAAAGAAAGGGUCUUCAGUCUGAUGAACAAUGGCCGGUCUUUUUACGGCCUGACAAUUAUUGAUCAUGAGCUGAUGAGAUAUCGUACCGCUUUGACGAGUCACGCCUCAGGAGGAGGUACUUCAACCUAUGACCCCUUAAACGUGCCCCUUAGUUUUGGUGGUUUUGUUAAAUGUGUGCCUUUUCAUGUGAACCUCCCGUGAUAUAUAUAUAUAUAUAUAUAUAUAUAU